AUGGACGGCUCUACAGCAACCACUAUCCCUCCGGAAUUGUACGAUGAAGUGGUGCGCGGUCUCAAGGACGCGCAAGGUAUACGGUAUAUCAGUGCCAUCGGUCUGGUAGCGCUUUUGUGUGAUCACAUCCAAACGUUCCCCGAGGAGAUCAGGCUGGUGUGGCGAGCGCCGGCUUCGUUGGCGAAGUUCUUGUUUCUCGCAAACCGGUAUCUGGUAGCGGGAAGCAUCAUCGCUGCAACGCAUUCGUUUGCUGGGUUCAAUGGUGCCGUAUACACAGACCGGGUAUGUAUGCUUUAUCCUGAGAGCGUUUUACGAAAUACUGACCAUGUGUUCCAGGGAUGUGCCAUCUUGCUCUCAUACGUCGCAUCCGCGAGUGUGAUCUCGUUGGGCAUCGCGAACGUGCUUGUUCUGACACGAGUACUGCUGUUGUGGGAUAAGAAUCGGACAGUUCUGAUCAUCCUCGGCUCUGCAUACCUGAUUGGGUAUAUGUUGACCGUCGGCUUCCUGAUAGCAUCUAUCGUCAUCCUUGAACCUGGUAUUCAGUGGUCACCACUCGCCCAUGCAUGCUCGCCGACCACGAAAACCCCGUUCUUCACUGCCGUCUGGGCCGGACCGUUCCUGUUCGAGCUGACCGUAUUGAGUCUAACGGUAUUCAAUGCGAUCGCUCGACCACGCUCUGAGAACAUGGGGCUCACGAACACGCUGCAUCAAGACGGGAUCUCAUUCUUCAUCGUUAUUACGUGCUUUCGCAUCGUCAACAUAGUCUUCACAGCAAGUCCAUACCCCAACCGGGUGAACUACGCCGGAUUUUUUGUAUGGGCAAUGGUCACUGUUAUCCUCAACCGCUUGCUCCUCCACAUCCGCUCCUCCGAGAUCAGGAUAGCAGCGGAUGACAAGCGCAUCGCGGCCGAACUUGACGCCGCACGGCGUCACGUUGAUGAGUCGAGCGACGACGAGGGUGAGGGUGACGCAGAAGAACCGCGUUCGCCCGAUGCCAUCAGAUUGAACGGACGCGCUUCACCCUUUGGGCUACCUUUGCCUGCUCACCACCCCCGCGGACGAAUGUCAAGUCACGACGCAGAUGUUCUACCUACCACUUUUGUCGAGAUGCAUAGCUUCUAUCGAUGA